ACAGCCUCUCUCUUGUACGCAUAUUAACAGGCAAGUGUUCGCCAAUUUCUCCCAAAUUCCUUAAAGAUCUCUCCGUCUUCUGCAUCAGCAUCAUUUGCUUUUACUUUGAUUUCACAGCUUGAAGCUGAAGCCUCUAAUAAUUGCUUUUGAGAGCAAAUGAUGGAUUUUUUAUGAGAGCUUUCCACUUGGAAUAAGUUGAAAGUUGAAACCUCUACUUCCAUGACCUUAGAAAGAUGACAGUAAAGUGAGUCUAAGGGAUCAGGGCUUUGGUAAUGUAAAAGCAGAGAUGAAAGGAGGAAACAUCCAUAGAUUGUGGGGGAGAAACUUCUCUCUUACCCUGCUUGCUCUAAUUUGUAUGACCUUUUUUCUUUGGGCCUUGGAGAAAAGUCCACUUUCAAAAUUAUCUUCCGAAGAUCAGUUUGUGAUUUCUCCUUCAGACAUUACUGUGGAUGCUUCUGAUGAUCCGUUCGAGUCUAUGAACCCAAAGGAGAAUUCUGAAGAAGAAUACUCACGUCCACUCAUGAGAGAAGAAAAAAUUGGAGAAACAGUAGAAGGUUUUGAUGCGGCAUUGAUGAAUUAUACAAGUAGGUUUGAUUUCAGGAAGGAUAACAGUAGGGUUUGGAAAUCCCCUUAUGAGAAGAAAGUCUGUAAUUAUGCCAAGGGUAGAUGGGUUGCGGACAGCAGGCACCCAUUGUAUUCUGGGCUCGGGUGUAAGCAGUGGUUAUCAGAAAUGUGGUCAUGUAGACUGACCCAGCGCCAAGAUUUUUCUUAUGAGGGAUAUCGUUGGCAGCCAGACAAUUGUGAAAUGCCCGAGUUUAAAGGGGCAGCCUUCUUGAGAAAAAUGCAGGACAAAACAAUAGCAUUCAUAGGAGAUUCCUUGGGCAGGCAGCAAUUUCAAUCUCUAAUGUGCAUGGUAACAGGCGGUGAAGAGAAUUUAGAUGUUGAAGAUGUGGGAGAGGAAUAUGGUCUUGUCAGAACUGCUGGGCAUUAUCGUCCUGAUGGGUGGGCUUAUAGGUUCCCAAGCACCAACAGCACCAUUUUAUACUACUGGUCAGCAACUUUGUGUGAUUUAGAGCCGCUUAAUGUCUCGGACGCAAACACCCCAGUCGCAAUGCAUUUGGACCGUCCACCAGCUUUCUUGAGCUUAUUUCUCCCCCGCUUUGAUGUUGUCGUUCUCAAUACAGGACACCAUUGGAACAGGGGGAAGCUUAGAGCAAACCGUUGGGAGAUGUUUGUAAAUGGAAGACCCAAUGAAGAUAGGAAGAUUGCAGACAUGGGUAAUGCAAAGGAUUUUGCAAUUCGUAGCACUGCCAGAUGGCUGGAUUCACAACUUGCAUUGCAACCCAGGCUUAAAGCUUUCUUCAGGACUAUCUCCCCAAGGCAUUUCCAAAAUGGGGAGUGGAACACUGGAGGAAGCUGUGAUAGUAUCACACCAUUAACAGGAGGGAGUGAAGUUGGGGAAGAAGAAUCAAGGGAUCCUGUAAUUGCCAACGCUGUAAAGGGUACUAAGAUAAAGCUUCUGGAUAUUACAGCCAUUUCUCAACUGAGAGAUGAGGCUCAUAUCUCCCGGUACAGUAUCAAAGCAACAGAGGGAGUGUGGGACUGCUUGCAUUGGUGCCUGCCCGGUAUUCCCGAUACCUGGAAUGAACUCCUCGUUGCACAAAUAUAAGCCUCCAUCUUCUGUGGUCUAGUGGACCCUGGACCCUUUUGUCUUUUAUGUUACUAAGCAUUUUUUUAAGCAUAGCUCCAUUUCUUAUGUAUAGUAUUUUUCUUUCUAGUUUUAAUUCAACAAAAGUUUAGAAUUAGCACUUAUUUUCUUAUGUAAAUCAUCUUUCCUUCAAGGAUGGAAAGAGUUUAGCAUCAUGGCUGAUUGAAAUAUCAUCAUUAAGAUUUCUUUACAAAC